AUGGCCAGAAGUGAACGUUCGCAAAUUGCACACCAGUUCUCAACCGACCUGUGGUUCCGCAAGGAUGCCAGGAUAUAUUUCGAUAAGAACGUUACCAUGAUCCACGGCUUCUGGUCUCAGUUUAGAAUUAACACGGAUGUGGAUGAGAGCAUAAAUGUCCCUGUCGUAAUGCAACUACUACGGGCUACCGACGAAGCCACCAUGGACGAGAGCAGCCCUUACUGGCAACGUCGGCUUGCCUACUUGCAGCUCCACCGCAGCCUCCAGGUGCUCAAGCGGAUCGUUGAACGGCAGAGGCGACGGAGGCAGAUCGAUCGCUCCCGUGGUAAGGGAAACUCGUCCAUUGUUCUCGAGAUCUACUCAAGCGCCUUGCAUGGAAAAAUGGGGAAUUACGCCGCCCAUCAAAUGCGGCUUGCCAAACGUUGGUCGUUGUCUCUUCGAGAGUCGCUCUUCCUAGCAGUUGCAUACUCGGAUUUCGCCGGAGCCAGAAUGUGCGCAAUAACUAUAUUCUAUGUCCCUCUAACACAGUGA